GCCGUCUCUCACACACCGCCACGCACCGACAAAAAAGCCGCCCUUCGUUUCGGCGUUUACGCGAUUUAAAAAAGGAAAACGAUCAGACCGAAGUGUCCAGUCGGUGUGCCGUUCCUGUUAUCGAGUCCGGGGGGUGGCCGUGUACCGCUGGGGGGUUGACGGCGAGGUGGCCGAGGCAAUAUGGCGGCGGGAAAUGUGUGCGGCGAGACGAUAUAGGCCACUACGUUUUCGGGGGUGAAUGGGACUGUUUCGACGCUUGUGUUCGUUGUGACAGUUCGGCUUUGUUGAGAAAUGGACAAAUCACCAAAAGUGAAACGUACGAAGUAAUAAAUUAUCAUUAGUUAUAAAUAAACUGAAGAAAAAUGGAGGAGCCAACUCACUCCGUUUAUCUGCAACAACUGAAGGCGAUGCUGAUCAGAAACAUCCUGAUCAAAAAGAAGGAGAAACGAAAAACUCUCACCGAAAUCGCGCUGCCCUUGUACUCGUUGGGGCUGUUGAUAUUCAUCAAGUUCGCCCUGCCCAACCCCAACUUCCCGGUGAUGGACACGCCGCACGGCGAGGCGGAGUUGUUCAAUCACUUUCAGAAGAACAGCAGCCACGUCAUACACGUGGUGCCGAACACGACGGACACGCAGGAGUUCUUGAAGAGGGUCGACCAGCUGUGGUACAGCUCGGCGGUCAACGCGACGCCCUUAAAAUGGAUUCUAUACGAGACGGAAGAAGAUUUACUGACGGCGUAUUGGAUGAGACCGGACCGCGUUUCUUUGGCGGUCAUUUUCGAGGAACCCGGCCCAAUUAACGGACAACUAAGGUACGAAAUAAGAACGAACCCGUCAAUUUACGGUACACCUCCGACCACGGCGCCGUACGCGUCGCAGGCGUCGUGCAGGUCUACAAAAAAGAAAGGGAUACUUGCAGCCGCCGGCGUGAGCGUUUCCGGAGCCUCGGUCUCGGGCGUUUCCAUAGAACUUGGCGAAAGUUGCCCCGUCAAUAUGUACUAUUAUUCCGGUUUUGCGGCCCUACAAACCCUGUUGGACUACACCAAAAUCAAAAUGGAGACCGGGGAGGAGAGUUUACAAGUGCCUCAAAUCAUCCUGGCGAUGUUCCCCAAAGCUGCGUUCACCGGCAACUGGAUGGUGGCCUUCAGAUUGAUCAUACCCUUGUACAUGGUGUUCGCGCUGACCCAAUUCCUGGCCUACUUGCUUAUCCUGAUCAUCGGCGAGAAGGAGAAGAAGAUCAAGGAGGGAAUGAAGAUAAUGGGACUUAGAGACUCCGUGUUUUGGUUGUCGUGGUUCAUAAUCUACGGAAUUUUCGUUUUGUUUUUGUCUAUUGUUUGCUGUACUAUAUUGUACAUUCUUAAAGUCUUCAACAACACCAACAUACUUUGGAUAUUCUUGUUGACGCUUCUUUAUUCGUUUUCCAUUAUAAUGUUCGCGUUCUUGAUCACCCCUUUCUUCGACAAGGCUAGAACUGCAGGAAUUUUGGGCAACUUUGUGAUCACCAUCAUGAGCUUGCUCUACUACAUACAAGUAUUCGUGGACGAUUCUAGUUCAGCUGCACUUUACUUGGUCAGUCUGAUCAGUUCGUCAGGAUUUGCCUUAGCUAUGGAUCAAGCUUUGGUGAUGGAUAUGAGUGGUGAAGGAAUCAAUUUCGAUAACCUGUGGUCUGGACCAGGCAUGCCCUUUGGUGGCAGUCUGAUAAUGAUGGCCUUGGACGUCAUACUCUAUGGUCUUCUGGCCUAUUAUUUGGACUCGGUAAUACCGAGCGAACACGGGGUUAAACGCACCCCACUGUUCUGUUUCAUGCCUUCCUACUGGUGCAACAAGAAGAAGAUGCUAAACAGAAUUCCUUUGGAAAAUGGCGGAUCGGUUGGAUCAUUGAACACUGGAGAGGAUGCCAAUAAUGAUUUGGAGCCAGUGCCAAGAGAAAUGAAAGAGAGGGAGGCCAUAAAAAUAGUGGAUAUGUAUAAGACAUUCCACAGUUGUGGCAAACCUGAGAUUAAAGCAUUGAAUGGCAUCAACUUAACCAUUUACGAGGGACAAAUCACCGCCAUUUUGGGUCAUAAUGGUGCUGGAAAGACUACUUUGUUCAAUAUUCUUACAGGAUUAACUGCUCCUACUUCAGGAUCUGCUUAUAUUUUUGGUUAUGACAUUACUGAUCCAAGAAGUAUGGACAAGAUUAGAAGUAUGAUUGGAGUAUGUCCUCAGCAUGACAUCCUUUUUGAUAACUUGACAGUUUUGGAACACCUCCACUUUUUUGCAGCUGUUAAAGGAAUUGCUCCAUCAGUCAAAGAUUUUGAAGUGAAAAAAACUAUAAAAGAUGUAGAUUUAGUGGACAAAGCGAAGACCAAAGCAAAACACUUAAGUGGUGGCCAAAAACGUAAGCUGAGCGUCGGAAUUGCUGUCAUUGGCAAUCCAAAGAUCAUAAUUUUGGAUGAACCAACCGCUGGUGUUGAUCCCUACUCCCGACGUCACAUGUGGUCAGUUCUUCAAAACAGAAAACACGGCAGAGUUAUACUCCUUACAACUCAUUUCAUGGACGAAGCUGACAUACUAGCUGAUCGAAAGGCGGUAGUUUCCAAGGGCAACAUAAGAUGCUGCGGUAGCUCCUUGUUCCUCAAGAACAAGUUCGGAAUCGGGUACCAUUUGACGUUAGUGCUCGAAAGUUCGUACAAGGAGCACGCAAUAGCAAGAUUAGUAACAACCCACGUGCCAAAGGCCGAAAAGGCCAGACGCCAUGGACGCGAACUCAGCUUUAUACUUCCUCACAACGCAGUCGACAAUUUUGCCCCCUUGUUCUCGGCCAUCGAACAAGAAAUCAACAACAGAAGCAAAUUGGGAAUCUCCAGUUAUGGAGUAUCUAUGACGACUUUGGAAGAAGUGUUUUUGCACUUGGAAAAGGACGAAGAAACCGAAUGUACUGUGGAUAAUUUAUCUAAGAAGAUUGUCAGAAACAGGGCGUUGAGUAGAAGCUUGAGCUUGCAGAGCAAAAGUACCAGUUACCAGUCGUUACAAAACGAAGGAAUUAACACCAACAAUCAAGAGCAAAAAGCUGGUGAAACCACGACAGUGGGAGGCCUGGAAAUCAUAAGCGAAACCAGGUCGCCCAUAACAGGUCUUGGUUUGGAAAAAAUCGAUUGCAAGCCCAACGUUUGCCAAACCCUCUGGGCACUUCUACGUCUAAGAACUUUGCGUAUGGUGCGUGACAUUCAAAAGUUGUACUUCAUGAUCUUGUUCCCCCUGGGACUAGCUGCGGUCGGUUUGUAUUUCUACAACCCCCAAACUUUGAAGGGGCCGAAGCAACAACCCAUUUUAUUAAACGGCGACACUUACGGUGAUCAAACUACGUUGACAAUCUUCAACGGUACCAACCAGGAUCUGGAUCAGUUCCGAGACGUGUUACAGGACUACGGUGCCAAAAAAAUUGAAGACUUUGAUGGUAACUACUCGUCACUUCUAGAAUUGGCGCCUCACAUGGCUGCCUUCAAUGUCAAUAGUUUCCAAGACUUAGACUAUCAGUUUACGGUCAUGUACAACGAUACGUACCAACACAGCUUGCCCAUUGUUUUAAACAUGAUCAGCAAUGGAUUAUACAGACUGUUGAGUACCAGCAAGGUCAGGAACGGACUGUGGGAACCCAUAGACGUCUCGGCUCAACCUUUCCAACAAACUUCACAACCUGAGGAGUUUAACUUGGGGAUUUUUAUGGCCACCAUGUGUCUCGGCAUGAUUUUUGUCAUGGUGCCCGUCAGCCUUGCCGUUGACAUGGUUUAUGACCGAGAGAUUAAGGCCAAAAAUCAGCUUCGAGUGAACGGUUUAACCUUCAGCAUGUACUUCAUCCCCUAUUUUAUUGUUUUGGGGGUCAUCAUGUUGAUAAUCUGCGCUGCCCUUCUCGCUAUAAUAUUGUUGUUCGACAUACCGUCGUUGAGGGAGUGGCCUGCCUUGACGACUCUCGGUAUAGUGUUGUUGUUGUACACUCCAAGCUCGAUUUUGGCCACGUCUUGCAUUAGUUACAUAUUCGACAAGUUCGAGACGGCUCAGAGUGCCUUGCCCAACAUCGCGACCUUUGUUGGGUUCUUGCCUUAUUUCUUCGUCGUCUACUUGGACAUGCUGCGCAUGGGUGGCAAAGCCGCCUUUGUGCUUCACAUGAUUCUUUCGUUGUUCAACACGAUGUACACCCCUUACGCCAUCGUUUAUUACAUCCAGCGAGUUUACGUUAUGUGCAAGGUCAAUGUGGCUUGCACCAGCUUGUCUUUGGAAGAUUAUCUGACUGAUGAGAUUAUAAUGAUGGCUGUGGGUUGUCUUUUGAACAUACCGUUUUGGUUCGUGGUGCUUUUGGUGCUGGAUAUUAAGAAGAGCGGCGGAAAAAUAUCUGAUGCCUUUAAAUUCUUUAGAAGCGUCCAAAUUGACAGCAACUCCGAUGAUGCGAACGAGUUGAGUGAUAUUGGAGAAAACGAAGACAACGACGUGAAGGCGGAAAGGCAGAAGGUCAAAGCUUUUAUGGGCAACAGUAAUGCGAAGCAACCUGUGGUCAUGGUACAGAACUUACACAAGGAGUACCAGAAGUCACAUAGGUGUUGCCAAAACGGUGACGAAGCCAAUCCGGAGCCACCAAAGGUCGCAAUCAAGAGUCUAUCACUGGCGGUGGAUGCGGGAGAAGUGUUCGGCCUCCUAGGCCAUAACGGAGCAGGUAAAACCACAACCAUGAAAAUAAUAACAGCUGAAGAAGUACCGACGAGAGGCAGAGUUAACAUUGCGGGUGCCAGCAUCACGUCCAACCUAAACUCAGCGUUCCAAAUGAUGGGGUACUGCCCCCAGCACGACGCCCUUUGGAAGAACAUAACCGUGAGGGAACAUCUCGAGACUUACGCCGCUAUUAGAGGGGUCAAAUUCAGGGACAUAUCCCGUUUGGUCAAUCUAUACUUGAGCGGUCUGCAAAUACACGAGCACGCGGACAAGCAAACGCAUCAAUGCUCCGGCGGUACCAGGAGGAAGUUGAGUUUUGCCAUGGCGAUGGUGGGCAAUCCCAAGGUGGUGUUAAUGGACGAGCCCAGUACCGGUAUGGAUCCGCGUAGUAAGAGGUUCCUGUGGGACACCAUCCUGGCCAGCUUUCAAGGUUCGAGGGGUGCCAUUUUGACCACCCACUCCAUGGAGGAGGCGGACGCUUUGUGCUCCAGAGUGGGCAUCAUGGUCAAAGGGGAACUCAGAUGUUUGGGCUCGACCCAGCACCUGAAGAACUUGUACGGAGCCGGUUACACCUUGGAGAUGAAACUGAAGGGUGGUGACUCGACACCAUCUUCGACUUGUGGUGCUGAUAGAGUGUCGGAGUUGAGGGAGUUCGUGACGAACCUGUUCCCUGAGGCGACGUUGCAGGAGCUGUUCAUCGAUCGGAUGGUUUUCAGUGUGCCGCAGCAAAGCGUUUCUUCGCUGGCUAACUGUUUCAUGCAACUGGAGAAAGCAAAAUCGGAGUACGACAUAGAGGAGUACAGCUUCAGCCAGACGACGUUGGAACAGGUGUUCCUCAAGUUCGCCCACUACGACGAGGACAAGGCCGAAUAAAAAAAUUUAUUGUGAUCAAUUUGAGAAACUCUAUGAUUAAUUUUAAGCGAAAUCAAAACAAAUUAUUUAUUAUCGAUAGAUCAAUUGAAUUGCGUGGGUUAAAAUGAGUAAUGUAAUCACCAUGACGAAUUGUUGUUUCCUUUUUUUAUUUAUUUUAUACCUAUUGUUAAUUGGUAAGGGUUGAUUUUGAACAUUGUACAUAUUUGGUACAUUGCGAUUUGUGGCCUAAAUAUAUGAUUUUCAUUGAUGUUCAUUUGCUAGUGCCUGUUAUCAACUUUAAUGACUGGUUAUUUAUGUUGCUUAAUAUUAUUAUUAUCAUUAUUAUUAUUAUAUUUUGGUAACGUUUUCGCCAAGGAAUUAUUUAAGGGUUUUCUGAUGAGGAGGAAAAAUAUGGGAGUUUUAAUCCUUGGUAGACACUUUUUAAAUGUUAAUACAAAAUGAAGAACAAUAGAACAGUAGGUUUUUUGAAGAUUGUAAUUAAAUGCAGUUUUUGAAAUACAUUUUGAAGAAUUUUUACUUUAUGCAAUAAUAAUAAUUAAAGAUUAUUGUAAUA